GUCAAUAUUUUUCUUCUCUCGCGACGAACGGGUUGUUUUUUUCUUCAUCAUUCGCGAGUGAAAAAAUGGUGACAAAAGUUCGUAAAUUACUUUGUUAUUAACUUUAGUGUCCCCGAAAAGGUACGACUAAACGAGUGCACAAACUGCUGUAGGAAGUUAUCAACAUACCCAAAUCCUAAACGGGCGAUACAGUGUGAGAGGAAAAUAGUGAAUCUUUCCUGCACCGAGAUAUCACCCAUUUUGACUACUAAUGUAAUAUUAUGGUAUCACGAUUCGAACGCCUAAUGGGGUGCUCCUCUAUCCCGAUAGGAGAGACCCUGCCUGAGAAUAACCCACAAUGCUCAGGCCGGGGUGAUUGUCUUAACGGAACCUGUCUCUGCGAAAUCCGGUACAGCGGAGAUGAAUGCUCGGGCUUCAAUUUGCCCUACCAUGCGGGUAUUUCUUCGGUUUUCUACUUUGUCGCUUUCAUCUCACUGGUACAGCUGAUGAUCUGUAUCAUUGCCGAAUAUCAGAGGCUCAAACAGCCGAGCUUCUUGCGAGCCUGCCGGCUAACAACGCAGAAGCUGCUCUAUUUCUUCGUGUUUAUCGCAUCCGUACUGCGGGGGGCGUACUUUACAACGCCGGAAACCCUGCAACCAGCAUGGGUCUCGUAUCUCAUGUCCGCAUACUAUCCGCUAGUGAUGACGUGCGCUUCGCUGGUCGUCUGCCUGUGGGCCGAGAUAUUCCACCUGCGUGACAUCCGCUGGGAACGGUCCCAGUUUCUGUCCAAAAGCUUUCUCGGCUUUCUUGCAUUUAAUCUGCUUCCGUAUAGUCUGUUCCUGGCGGAGAUCGCCUAUUCGCAUCUGUUCUCCGGCCGGAAUACGCACUUCUUCAACGGUUGCUACGCGGCCCUGCUGCUCAUUGUGGUCAUCUUCUUCCUGAUCUACGGUGUGGAGGUGUUUUUCAAGGUACGCGGUGGUUUCGUGUACGAGUUUGGAACUGCUCCAAACAGCGAAAAUGUCAACGCCUCCCAGCUCCACCAGUCGCGCUUCGGUCUGUUGAGCCAGGCGAUUAUGCUCAUUGUCAUCAUUGGUUUCCUCACAUCGGAAACGUUGGGUGACUUCUGGAAGAAGAAGGUCCCAGUAUAUUCUCGUAACUGGCACGAUAUCGUGUUCCGGCUCGCUGAAGUAGGCGUUGCACUUUGGUUCCCCUGUUGUCUAUGGAACUCGAUGGCACCGGAACAACUAUGGAUUUUAAAUCCACGCAAACUUCUGACGCGCCAGAUCGAUCCGGUGGCGACCGGUACCGGCAGUUCGACGGAACCGGAGGCUUCCACCUCGACCGCCGAAGAAGGACAAUCGUUUCUCGCCAAGAAAGACUGCUGGAUUUGCUACGACAGCGAGAAACCCGAACCGUUGAUUCAGCCAUGCAGGUGCACCGGUGACGUUAGUUCGGUGCAUCACGAGUGCCUGCGGCGCUGGCUGGUGGAGAGUUGUGCCAAUUCCGACACCGUACUGAAGUGCAAGGUGUGCGAAUCUCCCUAUGAAAUCGAGCGAUCCAAUCGCCUCGACUGGGAGAAAGGUUUUACCAUACAGCACUGGGCCAAGACGAUCAUAAUCGUAACGCUGAUGUGCAUAACCGGCCUGGGCGCAUGGGUCAUCAUUCAGCUAAACGAGGACUCGUUCGUCCGGGUGCUGGUAGCUGGCUUUGCCAUCAUCAUCGGCUACAUACUGUUUAAGAUGCUCGGCGAAAAUACGGUGACGGCGAUCGAGCGUGCCAAGGUCAGUUCGAUCAAUAUCGUUACCUCGUCAAGCGACCUGAACAACAGUGGAGUGCACGAAAAGCUCAACACCAUCUGUCAGGAUGUGGAGUGCAAGUAAGUACACAAAACAACAACAAAUAUAUCUGUGACUGAACCGUAAUCGAAGCAAAGGGAGAAGACGUACAACGGAAAGUUGAAUAUGGUUCUCUAGGUUAAGAGAAAAUGUGUUUUAGUUGAUAAAAAAGUAUUGUGUAAGUUGUUUUUUUUUUUCGGUAGGCAGUGGGAGGUGGAUUCAAGCUAACCACAUAUGAGCAUACAUAUUUAACGAAAGGCCCUACAAUACCUGAGAUUUUUUUUACGCAGUGUCGAUCAAUUGUAGUACGAGCUCCAAGAAUUUGCGAACAUGCAUAGCUUUUUAUAUACUUAUACUUGUACACCCAUAGAUUGUGGAAUGGACGAAAAUGGUCGCAGAAAAUCAAAUCUCAAACAACCAUAAACCAGUUUAAAAUUUACAUAGAUAACGAAUUUAUGUGCUCCAAAUUCAUACAGGGUGAUAUUAUCAGAAAAUUGUUCGUUAUCUGCGAUCUUUUCCGAAAACUGCUGACAACACAUAUUUAAAACCGAACUUUUUUUGUUUUCAGUUGAAUCCCUUUCUUUGUGUUAUAGUCGAUAUUAUUUCGUAUAAUCUAGCUUUAUUGUUUAUUGAACAAAUUUGCGAUACUUAUGUUUACGAUACUACCUGUAAUUAUUAUGGGUUUGAACCGUACUAAAUCUUUUUGUUUUAAUUAUUUGUGUUUAUUUUAAAAGUACACAAAAACAAGUUAGUUAACAGAUGAAAAUGAACACACGCAAGAAAAAUACACAACUUAUCUAAAUAUAUGGUUAGCAAGGGGAGUGUUUGGAUCGAUUUCCUUCCACGAAUUCUUUUUUGUUACGAUAACGAGUAACAGCAAAAGCACCAAAGGCACCGAUUUGCGCGCGAGAUAGAGAGAGCAAAGUAAUUUUUAAAGCAAGGCAAAAUUAAUCCUAAACAAAUCGAAACAACUCAAAUCGGCGGUGAUACAAAUGGCAAAUAAGUAGGUCAAUUUACUAUAUCCUCUAACAAAAACUACUACUACUACUACAACUACUAGGUACACACUAAUCUCUAGCGUUUAGGAAGCAAGCAGGUCAAGUUGCACCCGUGUGUGAUCUCAUGGCAUUUUGGGUUGAUGAAGUGGGAGUCUUAAGGUAGGAAGGAAUUUGGCAAGGUGGAAUAGGGAAGGAAAUCGAUGUUCGUUCGUAUUUAAGGAUGUCUUUUUUUUUAGUAGGCACACAUGUGUGAGUUAUGUCCCAAUCAUGCAUCGAACUGUUUCCAAUCGAUCAAAAGUUUAGCACAAAAGUGGACGUUUUGAAUUUUGCCUGCAAACCGAAUUAGCGAAAGGAUUAAACUGCGCACGUGUGUUGAUUUGAAGUUUUAUUGCGUUUGUUUGAUCGGAACGAAAAAGGGUUCAUUGAACUCGGUGCAUACUAUUUAAUGUGCUCUAUAUACACUUUUUUCUUUUUUUUUUUUUGGUCGAUUUCGUUCAUCGUAUUUAUAAAACAGAUUCAUGCAAUUGUGAAAAACAAUUCGAGCAUAACAAAAAUUGAUGAUUGAAGAAGAAAAAGGUUAUAUUGGGACGCUCAAAUGAGGUUCUCAGUGAGUAAAUCGAAAUGUUUAGCAAUGUAAGCCUGCAGAAGAGUAACGUAAGUCGACAUUGGGAAAAUCUAACAAACAUUUUUGCUCCAGUAUCUUUUGAUCAAACACAAAAAAACACAUACCCAUACCUUAAAGAGAUUAAACAAUGAAAAUAAAUAUGAUAUGAGAGUUGGAAAACUUGAUUCGAUACGCAUAUUUAAAAAUAAAAGGAAAUGUUUUGAAUCAUGUA